UGUGUAUUGUUGCAGUUUAUAGCGGCGCUGUUGUGUAAAGCUCGUUUGUACUAACGUCAAGUAAAUGUCAAAUUCUAUAUAUGAAAUCUUUGCUCAUCGUACCGAACAAUUUGCAACAUUUUUUCUCGAAUAUAGUUUACCAGUUUGAAAGAUGCCUUUGCAGAAUUUGAAUCCAAUCGAACCGAUGCAAGUGGAUGCACCGGCUGAGGAUAAUGAAAAUAACGAGGAAGAGACCUAUACCAUUGAAAAUCCGACGAUUGAUUUAGAUUUUUAUGGAAAUUCGUAUACAGGUCUUGCAAAAUUGCAUCGUUUAAUAUUCAUCGCUGAUCACUGUCCAUCGUUACGCUUGGAAGCACUGAAAAUGGCUAUAAACUACGUCAUGUCUACAUACAAUGUAUCACUCUACCAGCAUUUACAUCGAAAGGUUGCCCAAACAAAUGGCGGUCAAUUACCAGAUGUAGCUGCUGCGGCUGUUGCAGCUGGUGGUAGUAUGCAGUCAUCUUCACAAGAUAUACCAGCAUUUGAUCCAUCUUGGAUUGAAGGACGAAUGAAAAAAGGUGCACACAAAUUAGAGAAAUUGGACAAUGAUUUGAAAAAUUAUCGAAUGAAUUCGAUCAAAGAAAGCAUUCGUCGUGGUCAUGAUGAUCUAGGUGAUCACUAUUUGAACUGUGGUGAUUUAUCAAAUGCAUUAAAAUGUUAUUCCCGCGCUCGUGAUUAUUGCACCAGUGGUAAACAUGUAGUUAACAUGUGCCUGAAUGUAAUCAAAGUGUCGAUUUACUUGCAAAAUUGGUCACAUGUUCAAAGUUACGUGUCAAAAGCUGAAAGCACACCCGAUUUUUCGGAAGAUGCGAAUCAAACAAUUAUAACCCGACUCAAAUGCGCUGCUGGUUUGGCAUAUUUAGCCAAAAAGAAUUAUAAGAAUGCGGCUAAAUCAUUUUUGCAGGCUAAUUUCGACCAUUGCGAUUUAACCGAAAUUAUUUCGCCCAAUAAUGUGGCCAUGUAUGGUGGAUUAUGUGCACUUGCCACAUAUGAUCGUCAAGAGGUGCAAAAGAACGUGAUAUCAAGCAGUUCAUUUAAAUUGUUCUUGGAAUUGGAACCACAAUUGCGUGACAUUAUCUUCAAGUUUUACGAAUCGAAAUAUGCAUCAUGCUUGAAAUUGCUCGAUGAAAUCAAAGACAAUCUUAUGUUGGAUAUGUAUCUGGCACCGCACAUCACUGGAUUAUACACAAAAAUUCGAAAUCGUGCACUUAUUCAGUACUUCAGCCCAUAUUUAUCAGCCGACAUGGUUAAAAUGGCACUGGCCUUCAAUCGCAGCGUUCCAGAACUUGAAAAUGAAGUCAUGCAAUUGAUUCUCGAGGGACAAAUUCAGGCCCGCAUUGAUUCACAUAAUAAAAUUUUGUAUGCCAAAGACACAGACCAGCGCAGUUGUACUUUCGAGAAAGCCAUAUCCGUCGCUAAGAAAUAUCGUCGACGCACCAAAAUGCUCAUUUUGCGCGCGGCCGUUCUAAAAAAUCAAAUCCAUGUUAAAAAUCAACCACGUGAAAAUGUUGGCGCAGGACAGAACAGCGGAAAUAAUCAUACAGAAAUGUGCGCAGCAACGGGUUCCGGAUCACAAAAUCAAUUUCGUAAUUAAAACAAUCAUGAACUAUUAAUGAAAAACCAAAAUAAUUUCUGUUAUAAAAAAUAUUCGCGAACAGAUAUAUGAUAUAAAUAUUUGUAUAAUAUAAUAAGUUACUACUAAGUAAA